AUGCUAGCUAGCCCCCAGCCCCAGCCAAAACUUUACAUCCGCAAACGUACCGCGGUCCUCCCAGAGAUCUGGUCUUUCCGUGAGCGACUGCACGGCCCGCCCCAGGCCCACCGCGUCCACCACGCCAUGCUCGUUCGCCACACGCUUUGCCAGGGAAGGCAUCGUCGGCCCGCAAAAGUCCAACGGCACCUCCUCCGCACGGAGCGCAAACCCGCCGUGAUGCUGGAUCGGAAAGCAGUACUUGGACGCCACGUCCUCGAGGUGCCGCCCGACGACGGGCGUGCCGUGGAACGCCGCGUCCACCACCGCCUCGACGUCGCGACCCAGCAGCACCUCCCCGUGGACCAGCACCGCGACGCGCGCGUGCGAUCUGAUGACGGCUUUGGUCUUUUAAAGGUCCGAGUCGGAGAGGUUGGACAUGCGGAAGAUGUGGGAUAG